UACCCGUCUCUCUCUCUCCUUUCUCUAUCAUCACUCUUUCUCUCUCUCUCUCUCUCUCUACAAGUUCUGGUUUUGCUCGCAGACGAGGAGGAGGAAGCAAUCACUCCGACGGCCGCCGGGAGCCGAUCUCCGCCGCGAGAAUGAGCUACUACAACCAGCAGCAACCCCCCGUUGGCGUCCCUCCGCCGCAAGGUUAUCCGCCGGAGGGGUAUCCCAAGGACGCGUACCCGCCCCCCGGGUACCCCCCGCAGGGCUACCCCGCCGGGUACCCGCCGCAGCCGGGCUACCCGCCGCCGCAGUACGCGCCGCAGUACGCGCAGCCGCCGCCGCAGCAGCAGCAGUCGGGCACCACCGGUAUGAUGGAAGGCUGUUUGGCUGCACUGUGCUGUUGCUGUCUUCUUGAAGCUUGCUUCUGAGGAGGAGAGCAACAAGACUUAAAAGUGUGAUUUUCAUGUGAAGGAGAAGGACUCUUUUGUUAUUUGCUUUUCUUAUUAUUGUUAUUAUUAUUAUUAUUAUUAUAUUUUCCGCCUUUAAUUUGUGCUCCCACACCGACUCCUCAAAUAAUACGAACUCUGCUUGUCAAUUUGUAAGUGUAUUUCCCCCCGCCCAUGUGGUCGAUGUGUUUUGUCCUA